CUCUCUCUCUCUAUAUGUGUAUCAAGAAAGACCUUUCUUCUUAGCCCGACAUCUUUCCAUUGUUUUUACAGUUGCAGAUUUUAUGUGGGGUCUUUCUAUCUCUGCUCAAAGAAAUAGAGAGGCCUAAGGGUUAUCUGGUCUGGUGAUCGUACUUCUUGCUCUAUCUCAGCUUACUCUUGAAGUGGCACCAAGCUCAUUAAGUUGCUCAGCAACAUAUUUUUGGCAUUACCAGUUGAUCUUUGAAAGGGAGAAACCAGGGAAUGCAGAAAGAUGUGCUUGAGCAUCUCACAGCCUCCCUCCGAUAUUGACGAGGUUUUGACCUUUGCAAAUUCUCAUUCCUCCAUCCAUGAUGGUAUUGCUAGCUUAGAUCAUAAUUUAAUUGCAUCUAAUGCCAAAGGAAAACUUGGUCCAAGAAGUUUUAAAGUGCUGGUAUUAUUAAAGCAUGACAUAUGUGAGGACGGGUGAGCCAUAUCAAGUAUCUAACACUCCUGCUUGCAAUUUAUGUACGGCAUCAACAGGAGAAAAAAUAUUUAAUCAAAUAACUGAUUUUGUAGCUUAAAAAUGGAAAAUACAGUGAGUGUAUUGAUGGAAAGAUACGAAUUAGGUAGAUUACUAGGACAAGGCACAUUUGCUAAGGUUUACUAUGGUAGGAAUAUUAGUUCCGGACAGAGUGUAGCCAUUAAAAUGAUAGAUAAGGAGAAAAUAUUGCGGGUUGGGCUUAUUGAUCAGAUCAAGCGAGAAAUAUCUGUUAUGAGACUUGUUAAGCACCCUAAUGUUGUUCAACUUUAUGAGGUCAUGGCCACUAAGACCAAGAUCUAUUAUGUAAUGGAAUAUGCCAAAGGGGGCGAACUGUUUUACAAGGUUGCUAAAGGAAAGCUGAAGGAAGAUGUUGCACGAAGAUACUUUCAACAGCUGGUUAAUGCAGUUGAUUUCUGCCAUAGCAGGGGGGUUUAUCAUCGGGAUUUGAAACCAGAAAAUUUACUUCUAGAUGAGAAUGAAAAUCUGAAAAUAUCUGACUUUGGUUUAAGUGCCCUAGCUGAAUCAAAACGCCAAGAUGGGCUUCUUCACACCACUUGUGGUACUCCUGCAUAUGUUGCUCCUGAGGUCAUUAAUAGGAAAGGAUAUGAUGGGGCCAAAGCUGAUGUUUGGUCAUGUGGGGUGAUUUUAUUUGUUCUAUUGUCUGGUUAUCUUCCAUUUCAUGACUCAAAUUUGAUGGAGAUGUAUCGGAAGAUUGGCAAAGCAGAGUUCAAGUGCCCCAAUUGGUUUCCACCAGAAGUGCGCCGUCUGCUUUUGCGCAUAUUGGAUCCAAAUCCGAAUACUAGAAUCUCAAUUGCAAAAAUCAAGGAUCAUCCUUGGUUUAAGGGGGGAUUGAAUUCAAAAUUAGUCAAGCCCAAUAUAGAAAACAAAGAAGUUGCUUCUUCAAGUACAGAUGCAGGGACCAGAUCCCUUGAGAAUAGCAGUAGAGCCACUGAUGGCACACAAGACCUGUUGGCAGUUACCAACCUAAAUGCGUUUGAUAUCAUCUCUUUUUCUGCUGGAUUUGAUCUAUCCAGACUGUUUGAAGAAAGUUCACGAAAGAAAGAAGCCAGAUUCACCUCUUGGCAACCAGCAGCUGUCAUAAUCUCAAAGCUGGAAGAAGUUGCCAAGCGUCUGAAGCUAAAGACAACAAAAAGGGAUCGAGGAUUGUUUAAACUUGAAGGAACAAAAGAAGGUAGAAAGGGAAUGUUGUCCAUUGAUGCGGAGAUCUUUGAGGUCACUCCUGAGUUUCAUUUGGUGGAGAUGAAGAAAUCAAGUGGAGAUACACUGGAAUAUCUGAAGAUAUUAGAUGACGGUCUACGACCUGGUCUGCAGGAUAUUGUCUGGGUUUGGCAAGGUGAACAAGAACGCAAGGAGUCAGAACAGCAGGAGCAGCAAAUUCAACAUCGACAGCUGGAAACCCAAGUUUCGGAGGACCAGCAACAGCAGCAGCAGCCGCCGCAGCUGCUGAUACUGCAGGAUAAGUUACCUUGAGUCUGUCUUUGUAUACCAUAUUGUCAUGUAUUUUUACGGGUUCAAGGUGUCCCUUUUCCCCGACUCCAAAUCCCUUACUUUCGGUUGUAUGUAGCAUAUUAAUGCAUGUGUAAAUAUAGCCUAUGCAUUUGUAGACCAACGUCUCAAUCUUGAAGUAUUUUUAUGGGUACCUUCAACCAAUUGCUGCCA